AUGAAGUUGACAAAACAACAACAGGCAUAUUUGGAAAACAUUUGGACCGAUGUUACAAAGGCAGCCUCAUUUGCUGGUCCUUAUAAACUUUAUCAGAUCGUGAAAAAAGAGGGGAAACAUAAGAUCGGCUUGAAAGCCAUAAAACAAUUUCUAUCAGACUUGGAAUCGUAUUCUCUACAAAAGAGGGUUCGUAGAAAGUUUCCUCGAAGGCACAUUUUGACAGAUUCUAUUGAUUCGAUAUGGGAUGGAGAUUUACAAGAUGUAAGAAACAUAUCCAAGGAAAACGAUGGGGUUCAGUACAUUCUGGUGUUACAAGAUAUCUUUUCUCGGUUUUUAUUUACGGCUCCCUUAAAACAAAAGACAGCCACUAACGUGAUAGAUGCCUUAAAAGUCAUAUUUGCCAAAGGGAGAAAGCCAAAAGUGCUGAGAACCGAUAAGGGUAGCGAAUUUAAGAAUAGAUGGGUUUCUGCAUUUUUGAAAAAAGAAAGCGUACAUCAAAUAUUUACGGAAAAUGAAACAAAAAGUAACUUUGCAGAGAGAAGCAUACAGAAUUUAGAAAACAGAUUACACAGAAUGUUUGCUCAUAAGCAAUCUUACAAAUAUCUGAACGAAUUACCAUUUAUCACAGAGAGCAUUAACAAUACACCGUCUCGACCUUUGGGAGGAUUUGCACCUGCAAACGUCACUGAAAAUAACGAAGACGAAGUUCGAUAUAGUGCUUAUUUACACAGAACUAAAAAUGAUAAGAAAACACAAGGUCCCAUGAACGUCAAGUCUUCAACUACCAAAUAUUCAAAAGAGAAAUCAUACAAGUUUAAGAUUAACGAUAAAGUGCGGAUAACACAUUUGCGCCGAUUGUUUCAAAGAGAAUACGAUCAAAAGUGGACAGGAGAAAUAUUCAAAGUCAGCAGUAGAUUCCGCAGUCAAGACAUUCCCGUUUACAAACUCAACGAUUUUGCAGACGAAUCCAUAUCCGGUACUUUUUACUCUCAAGAACUGCAGAAAGUUAACAAGGACAACGAUUCCAUUUGGAAAAUCGAUAAAAUUUUAAAAGAACGAAAGAGAAAGGGGGUAGCUGAAGUACUGGUAUCCUGGCACCAAUGGCCAGCCAAAUUUAAUUCCUGGAUCAAGAAGUCAGACCUGCAAGAGGUAUAA